UAUUAAAGAACCCUCAUCUAAACAAGAAAACAAAUAUUGCUAACCCUAUAAUUCCAUUAAUAUUAAUUUGGAGCGGGGUAUAUUGAAAUGUCUCACUGUCAAAGUGGUAAAGACGGAACUGGUGCUUGCUUGAUUGCAGAAUCUGUUUCAACAGAACUGCUGCCACUUCAAAAGGUUUAUGAGACUGCUAAAACCCUAAAGAAAUUGCAACCGAUUGAAACAAAAACAAUUACAUGCCCGCGAAUGGCAACAAGAAACAAUCAAAUAAAACUCAACUGGUGGCACUCUUCAGCGCCAGUCCCUAAGGAGGUAGCUUCACCUUCAUCUAGUCCUGUUAUUGACAAUAAUAACAAGACUAUUACUCCGCCAAUCAACUUCAAUGCCCCAACAAAAUCAAAACCAAAGUUAAAAGUUUUAACAUCAGCAUCCAGCCCAAUUGCUAGUCCAACUUAUUCGAACACGCACCGACCUUUGAGCAUAAAGGAUAAGGAUUUCGCGAUCUCCAGUUUUGACAAUCUUGCCACCAAUGCUGAUGAUGAUGACCAUCAAAACUCUCAAUUAUUACAAAAAGAUGUGAAACAAUGCAUAGGAGUAUUAAAUCAGGACCAAUCGGACCAGAUGAAAAUAUGCGGCUAUCGCCGUUCCAAAUUGCGCACAAUACUAUGUUGGGUAUGCAUUUGCCUAAGUGGCGGACUAUUGAGACUGGUGUUACAUUGGUGGCGUCAUUGGUACCUUUUUGCAACCUGCAAGCCAUGCCCUUUGCAGGAGGCACAACAAGUGCUAAUAGAGGAGGAUUACCAGGGAAAGCACAAACUUUACCACGUUAAGCCUGUGCGUCUUCUAAGCGUAGAACAGUUAAAAAAAUUAUUAGAGCAGCAACUGCCGGAUGAACACUUUGAUGACAGCAAGCUGAAUCUGUCUUUUCACUUUAAUUCGGCAAACUUUAAAAGCUGCCAUACAUUAAGGAUAUUUCGCUGUAAACAACUGGUGUAUGCUUGGGACAACGCUUGCAAUAUGUUUAGCAAGAUUAAUGGUUUAGACACAAACGUUCCCUGUCUCUAUUUUCAUCAUCAACGAGGCCUUACUUUACAGGAGCAAAUUUCGCGCCGUAUUGUAUUUGGUGAAAAUGAGAUUACAAUACCGCUACGCAAUGUGAAGACACUGCUCUUUCUAGAGGUACUCAAUCCAUUUUAUGUGUUUCAAAUAUUCUCAGUUGUUCUGUGGUUCACAUAUGACUAUUAUUACUACGCCUGCGUGAUUUUGCUUAUGUCCAUCUUCGGCAUAAUCAUGUCCAUUGUGCAAACAAAAAAGAAUCAAGACGUUCUGAAGCAAACCGUGCAAAAUACUGGUAACGCUUGGGUGGUCAGUGCUAAUGGUGUGUCCCACGAAAUACCCACGAAAGAUUUAGUUCCCGGUGAUAUCAUUGAAAUACCUUCAACUGGUUGUACUAUGCAAUGCGAUGCUGUUUUACUAUCCGGUAAUUGUAUUCUUGAUGAAUCGAUGCUUACGGGCGAAAGUGUUCCGGUUACCAAAACGCCAUUGCCUAUGAAACGAGACAUUAUAUUCGACAAGAAAGAGCACGCUAGACACACACUUUUCUGCGGUACCAAGGUCAUACAGACUCGUUACAUUGGAUCCAAAAAGGUUCUAGCAUUUGUGAUAAAUACAGGAAAUAUAACGGCUAAAGGCGGACUUAUACGCUCAAUUUUAUAUCCACCUCCGGUGGACUAUAAGUUUGAACAGGAUUCAUAUAAGUUUAUACAAUGCUUAGCAGCCAUUGCCUGUCUUGGCUUCGUAUAUACACUAGUCACAAAGAUAUUGCGUGGAACAGAUCCGAUAAAAAUUGUAGUAGAAUCUUUGGAUUUAAUAACCAUUGUGGUUCCACCAGCUUUACCUGCUGCCAUGACUGUAGGACGUUUUUAUGCGCAAAAGCGAUUGAAAAAUAACGAGAUUUACUGCAUAUCACCUCGCUCAAUUAACGUUGCCGGUAGUAUUGAUUGCUGUUGUUUUGAUAAGACUGGUACGCUGACAGAGGAUGGAUUGGAUAUGUGGGGGGUUGUGCCAAAAUCGUCGACAAAUCAAUUUCAAAUACCAUUGAAGGAUGUAAAGCGUUUGCCAAAUGAGCCAUUUCUCUUUAGCAUGGUUACUUGUCAUUCGAUUACAAUUAUGAAUGGCAAAAUGAUGGGAGAUCCACUGGAUCUAAAAAUGUUUGAUUCAACGGGCUGGAAACUCGAAGACUCGAAUAAUAUACCAGAGAAUGAAAAAUAUAGCCUAAUAUACCCAACCAUACUUCGACAACCAAAACCUGUUAACAUAGCCAAUCAAAAGCCGUCGUUUUCAGUGCCAGCAGCCGAAUGGAAUGUACAACGGCAGAGUUCGGUGGAUGAUCUACUGGCCAACGUUGGUUUAUCGCAGACCGAGCUAAACUUUGACCAUGGAAUUGUGCGGGAGUUCCCGUUCACUUCCAGUUUGCAGAGGAUGUCUGUCAUAACGCGAUGCCUGAGCGCCCAAGGUUUUAGUGUAUAUUGUAAGGGAUCGCCCGAGAUGCUGCAACAGCUCUGUAAACCAAAUAGCAUGCCGGAUAACUACACACACCAAUUGUCCAUGUAUGCAAAAAAGGGCUUUCGUAUCAUUGCCGUUGCUCACAAAACAAUAAGUUCAAAACUUAAUUACACAAAGGUACAGCGACUAUCGCGUGAGGAUGUCGAACACAAUCUGGAGUUUCUAGGAUUUGUUAUACUUGAGAAUCGGCUGAAGCCUGACACGACGACAGUUAUAAACUCCCUCAAUAUAGCGAAUGUACGCCCAAUUAUGGUCACCGGCGAUAAUAUAUUGACAGCGUUGAGCGUUGCCCGGGACUGUGGGAUUGUGCAUUCUAACCAAGCCGUGGUUACAGUACAUGCAGUGCCUAUCGAGAUGCUGGGCAAGUUAGAUGCAGACCCUCAUAUACAGUAUGAGCUACAAUAUACGCUCGAGCUGGGCACCACUGCAAUCUCAUCUACGGACCAUGCAAAUAAGAGUGGUAAUGGUAAUGUACAAGCAAGAGGUGAGCCAGAUGCAUUCGCUGUUAAUGUGGACCUAACGCAAUCGACAUAUUCGUUAGUACAAAGCACGAGCUAUGCCACAAGCAUGUUACCCGAGAGCAACAGCCUCACUAGCGUGAAAACUCUGGACACGUGGACUCACAACGAUGGCGACGAUAUGGAACUUGGCGUUGACCCCUCAUCCACAACCGCAACUGCGAAUGCAAAGAAUGGACACGUGGCUGCAAACGGCAACUGGCGGCGUCAGUAUGUGUUUGCCAUGGAUGGAAAGACGUGGCAAGUGAUUAGAGAUCAAUUCCCUCAUCAGUUGCAAAUCAUAUUGACGCGUGGAGCUAUUUAUGCACGCAUGUCGCCAGAUCAGAAGCAAGCUCUAGUCGUGGAGCUACAGAAUUUAGACUAUUAUGUGGCAAUGUGUGGGGACGGUGCCAAUGAUUGCGGUGCCUUGAAGGUUGCUCACACUGGUAUAUCAUUGAGCGAAUCUGAAUCCUCAAUUGCAUCACCAUUUACAUCCCGUAAUCCAACUAUUGCGGCUGUACCAAGGGUCAUCAAAGAGGGUCGCGCGGCCUUGGUCACUUCGUUCGGCAUAUUUAAGUACAUGGCUGCAUAUUCUCUGGUCCAGUUCAUAUCCGUGAUGAUACUGUACUCCAUUGAAUCGAAUCUGACAGAUAAACAGUACCUAUAUAUCGACCUGGGAUUAAUAUCAAUAUUUGCAUUCUUUUUUGGCAAAACCGAAGCCUAUGCUGGCCAGCUGGUGAAACAGGUCCCUCUCAGUUCUCUAAUAUCACCUACACCACUGGCAUCAUUGCUCCUUCAUCUUGCCGUGGUGAUUGCAUUCCAAGUAGCUGGUUGGUUUCAGUUGCACCAGCAAAAUUGGUUUACACCAUUUCAACCCAGCAAUAAUGAGGAUCACUUGGGGUGCUAUGAGAAUUACACGAUGUUUGCAAUAUCUAGCUUUCAAUACAUUAUACUCGCGUUUGUUUUCUCCAAGGGUGCACCUUAUCGCAAACCCAUCUGGUCUAACUGGCCGCUGUGCCUAACACUGCUGUUGAAUGUUUGCAUUGUAGUUUAUCUAGUUGUCUAUCCCAGCGAGUGGGUGUCCAGCUUUUUCCAGCUUAUCGUACCUCCAGAAAUGAAAUUUCGUUACAUUAUGCUGGUAUACGGAGCUCUUGCCUUUAUUAUUCAUACACUGCUCGAAUCGCUUGUGGUUGAAUUUUUGGUAUUCAAAAAGUGGCAGGUAAAACGUGAACUAAAUCACAAGACAUCCAAUCGCAAAUAUAUGCAAUUGGAAUACAGCAUCAAUACAUUUGAUAACUGGCCACCCAUAACAGAUAUAUACGAGCCACACGUUCUAACUGGCCUAGACCAACAACAGCCGACAUACAUAAAUUUGAGUGCUGAACAAAAUCUGGAUCCUCAGCACAAUGAGUUUCCUAGCUUUUUUGAGACUGCGGAUAUCGCGCCAAAAAUCACAUGAUACUUAACAAAAGCUUAUGCUGCAUUAUGUGUAUUAUUAUGUGCACAUAAACACAUGUGUAAUGUACACAAAAUGGAUAAAAAAUAUAAAAUAUACCCAUAGUACAUGACUCUAGACCCCAUUUAUGGAGCAAAGCAGAAAAAACUAGAAAUUGAAACAUUUCUAUAUUUAUGUAUUAAAAAAUAAUAAACAUGUUGUAGAUUAUAAAAUGAACUUGUACUUAGCUAAGAACUUUUACAAUAACCGUAUGCGAUGAUAAAUGAACAAUUUUUAGAAGUGCAUUUGUACUUAUUAAAGUAUUUCCUGAAAUUAUGUGGUGAUAGAAGUACUUUCAUAAUAUAAAGACAACUACCUCUGCUAUCAACCACAUAAUUCACGCUAUCUGCGCUUUACUUAUUAAACUAAUUAUUUAAGUUUGUUUU